AUGAGCGACCCCAUUGCAUUCUCCGAGGCUUGCCCCGUCUACGCGCCCUUCUUCGGUGCCAUGGGUUGCACGGCAGCUAUCGUCUUCACCUGCUUAGGUGCCUCUUACGGUACCGCCAAGUCUGGCGUUGGUAUCGCUGCCAUGGGUGUCCUCCGACCUGAUCUCAUCGUCAAGAACAUCGUCCCCGUCAUUAUGGCUGGUAUCAUUGGUAUCUACGGUCUCGUCGUCUCUGUCCUCAUCUCCGACGGUCUUAAGCAGGACCUGGCUCUCUUCACCGGCUUCAUCCAGCUUGGCGCCGGUCUUUCCGUCGGCCUCGCCGGUCUCGCCGCCGGUUUCGCUAUCGGUAUCGUUGGUGACGCUGGUGUCCGCGGAACUGCUCAACAGCCCAGGCUUUUCGUCGGCAUGAUUCUCAUUCUCAUUUUCGCCGAAGUCUUGGGUCUGUACGGUCUCAUUGUAGCUCUUCUCAUGAACUCGAAGGCUUCCUUGAACGUCAGCUGUUAA